AUGGACAAAAAAUCAAAAAGGAUCCCAAACGGCACCCUGGACAAAGUCCAGUCCCGCGAGCUGGACGUGGCGUCUGAACCGCGGCCUGGGGACGACAACUUUGAGGGCUUUCGCAUGACCCUCCCCGAGGACUGCGUUGAGUACAUGCUCUUCAUCAUCGGCGACAAAACCAACAGCAGCCUACCGAGUCUGGAACAGGUCCGGCGGGCGGCCUACCAGAAGCUGGAUAAGAUCGCCAAGGACUACAUCUGGCAGCGGGACCCGUUUAAGUUAGAAACGAGGGUCCAAAAAGGCCUUGGAACACCCUACCUCUACGGUGUCACGCACUACGGCGAGAAUGUCGAAGACGAAUGGCUGAUCGUCUACCUCCUGCGAGAGCUCACCAAAACCUUCCGCAACCUCUGGGUCCGCGUCAGCGAUAGUGACGGUGAGUUCCUCCUCAUCGAGGCCGCAAAAGAAGUCAAGGCUCUGAAAUGGCUCUCCCCGGAAAACGACGCCAACCGCGUCUGGAUACACAACGGUCAACUCCGCAUCAUCCCCCCUCCCCCGACGAUAGGGGAUCUCGCCUUGACUACGAAACCCCUCCCCUUAGCCGAAGCCCUCACCACCAUCCGGCUCUGCCCAACUUCCUUGUUUCAUAUCCCAGCUCUCGAGGCAGAAGCUUUUUAUCGCCUUCAAAAAUACCCCGCCCAUUUAACCACAGCAACAUAUCAUUAUGCACAGGCCACAAUCCCCCGCAAACUGGCUGGCCUGCUCCACGACCUCCCGCAUUCCAUCGCCCCAGCUGUUGAAGCGUUCUACCUCCGUGAUGCGCAAUCCCUGCGCUCUCUGUAUGCGCCUAGCACAUCAUCACAACUCACAUUCCCUCCAACAGACCUGGUCACAGUCUCCAUCCGCUUCACACGUACCCUCUACGCACAGCUCAAGUCGCAGCGUUUCCCCAAUGUCCCGCCGGCAUGGAAAUCAGUACUUGAUGCGGCCGAGGUGCAUGCCGCAACUGCGGCGCCUAGCGCAACAGCCGAGGCAGCGAAGAAGUUGGCAAAGCUGGAAUUGGGCAUCAAGUUGACAACGGGCUUCGAGUUGCUCGCCAAAGGAGCAAACGAAAGUGCGAGUAGAGCAACAAGAGAGGUGGCGAUAUGGCUGGAGGACUUUGAGGAAGAUGGGGAAGGGGUGUUGCCUACAGAUAAUGACAUCAGAGGAUGGGACUGGGUUAGCAGGGAGGAUGAUGAUAGCUGGAUGGAUGUGGAUUGGCGCGAGUUUGAGAAGGAGCUUGAUGGGAAGGGGAAGAAAGACAAGGGUCAAGGGUUUGGGGAUGCUGCGAUGCAGGCUGAUCUGAGGAAGAUCGUGGAACGGUUCGAGGCGUUUCUGAGUGACGAGCGCGCAGGGAUUGAUGGGGCUGAGUUUGAGGAGAUGGAUCAGGAUGAUGGCAGCGAGCUGGGGGAUGGCCGUACCAGCAGUAGUUGCGACAGCAGCUUAAGUCAGGAAGAGGAUGAGGACAAAGAGGUACAGUUUGAUGAACAGAAGUUUGCGCGGAUGAUGCGCGAGAUGAUGGGCCUCAAGGGCGACGUUCCUGAGCCUAGCGGUAAGGAGAAGGCUGUGAAAGAAACAGCUAGCGAAAAGAGUGAGGACGAAGAGAUCCAAGAGCUCAUGGAGCAAUUCGAGGCGGAGCUUAAGGGGCACGGGGCGUUGGAUUUGGACCCCAAGCCGAAGGACGACAGGGGGCAAAAGGCCAUCAAGGAUAUCAAGGGGAAGGGUAAAGCGAAGGCUGUGGAGAGUGGAAGUGAGGAAGAGGAUGAAAAGAGUGGUGAUGAGGAAGUUGAUAUUGACUACAAUCUGGCGAAGAACCUUCUUGAGAGUUUCAAGGGCCAGGCGGGCAUGGCCGGGCCGGCAGGGAAUUUGUUGGGCCUGAUGGGCGUCGCACUACCAAGGGAUGAUGGCGAAUCCGAUGAAGAGUAA